AUGAGGCGGGGUGUGGCGGAGUGGAUGGCCCGAUUUUCGACUUGUCCGUUCCGGUGCGGCGGUAGCGAGCCAACGCUGGCCUGGAACUGGAGGCCAAUGGUACAGGGCGCCGGGGGAGUAGAUCCUGAGGGUGUGAGUCUCACAGAAAAUCCAGAGUCGACUUUAUCGAUGACCGCUUGCGCCUGGCCGUUUGCCUCAGUCUUGCCUCAGAUCGACACGCCUCAGCAAGCAGAGGCAGGCAUUGGAGACGAUCUAACAUGCCUGCCCCAUCUCGCUCUCUCGCCGUGCCGCUACCGCCGAAAGCCUCUUUUGCCCGGCCAAGCUGUCAUCUGUACCAGCCGACCAGCCGACCAGCCAGCCAGCCAUCGCUGUUCAGUCGUUCGUCCGUCCGUCCGUUUGUCUGGCCAUCCGACUCGUCUGUCUGUCUGUCUGCCGUUUCUGUCUUUCUCUCAACUACCAUUUUCAUCUCUCUCCCAGGCAACCUUGGCGCCUAGCCGUGGAGCCUGGUUGUCAAGGCCCAAUCACGGCAAGGACUCUACGAGCCAAUCAAUCUGGCCGACGAAACGACCCCCUCACACUACCAGUUUCCUCCUGCAAAUCAGUCAGACGGACGUCGAGUUAACCUCCUCCUUUUCUCUCCUUCUCUACACUUGUGCCGUCUUUGCACCAGCAACGCCGCGCACAGGCGUACAAGCAAUUAGGGCUCGACAGAAGUCCUCUCAGCCCAAGCCAGUCGCCUACCGCCUUGGGUCUGGUCGACCUGGUGUCAGUACCACUCUCCUCUUGCCUACACUGCGCACUACGCCCAACACACUCGCCAUCCCACGUCUUCACUUUGACUCUCACCAAACUAAAACCGGUUGGUUGAUACCCCAAUCUUCAAGGCCACUGCCUAAAUGGUCACUAUUCUGGUAG